GUGUGUUUUACGCUCACCGUGGCGCCCCCUGUGCGUGGGAGUUCCUACAGGUCAAGCACUGCGUGUUUUGAUUGCACGGGAACUCAGCCUUCGUAAUGGAUCGGAGGACAGACUUCCAAGAGAGAGAGGAGGGGGAGGGGGGAGAGCGAGAGAGCGAGAGGAACACGCCGGAUGACGCCGCUUUUUUUCCUCAAGGUGCUCACUCUGCCGCCUUUCUUUCGCUAACACGAUCUUCGGCUACGUGAUGGCCACGAAGUCAGAGACAUCGUGGUGGACAGGCACGCAGCGUCAAGAAGCUCGUUACACGGCAAUGCUUUAGCGGGUAUCACUCCUUACAUCAAUACAGAACGCUCGUCUCUCCUCUUCCGUUCUGCAUUCCCCUCUUCUUUUUUGUUCUGGAAUAAAACCGGCAACAACGAUACACAAGCACCAUCCUGUUCCCCACCCGCUUCUUCUGUCCUUCAUUGGGAAAACCUGUCCAGCGAACCCCACGCCCGCCUUCGAUAGCACAUAGGUCUUCUUCUCUUUGAAUAGUGUUGAUAACUCCGAAGCAAACAAAUACCCCGCGUCAAGCAAGGAAGAAAAUCCACAUGCAACGCCUGACUCUGCAGAUCCUACGUCAGCAGGAUGAUGUUUGCAGCUCCUGUGUGCUUGCUGCACUAAGGAAUAACGCCACGUUCCAGAAGCUGUCCGAGAGCGAGGGUCGUGGCAUCGUUCAGCGCGACAACGAGGACGCGGGGAAGCUGUGCGACGGAAUUCGCAUUGCGAUUCGCAAGGGCAUUCUUAGCGGCCAUCCCGAUGUGUCUCCUGUUACGAAGAUCAACGUGGUGGGCCUCACCGCCAAUGCCGUGGCGGAUAAGAUUGUCGCGGCCCUGCCGUCGUUGGCCGGAAACGUCAUCGUUUUACAAGGGCUGAGCGGCACGGGCAAGGGCACCACGGUGAACAAGCUGCAGGAUGCGCUGCCCAAGUGCGUCACCUGGAGCAACGGUAAUGUAUUCCGCAGCUACACGUACCUCUGCAACGAGGUGCUGGCGGCGCAGGGAAAGGAAAUAACGACGGAGAACUUGACGGACGACUUGCUGGCCGACGUCGCGAGGCGGGUGUCGUUUGUGAAGUGCGACGACGGCACUUUCCAGACGAUGCUGGAUGGCACGACGCGGGUGGCGGAUGUGCAGAACACGGCGCUCAAGACACCGCUGAUCAGCGCGAAAGUGCCGACGGUGGCGCAGCAGACGCAGGGCGAAGUGAUUCGCUUCGGCGCCGCCGCCAUCAAGCUUCUGAGCGCAGACGGCUACAACGUAAUCUUGGAGGGUCGCUCGCAGACGCUGGACUAUAUUCCCUCCCCUCUGCGCUUUGAAUUGGUGAUUCCCGAGAUAGGCUUGCUGGGGCAGCGCCGCGCUGCGCAGCGGGUGAUGGCGAAGGCGCUCGAGAUGGUGAGCGACAACGCAACGGACGAGGAGGUUCAAAAGGCGGUGGAGAAGGCAGCGGAGGCUCUGUAA